AUGUUGUUCUGUGCCCUCCAGAUAGAGUUGAGUGAGGAACAGGACCAGGGGAAAUAUGAAUGUGUUGCCACCAACAGCGAUGGAACCCGCUACUCCACCCCCGCUAACCUAUACGUCAGAGUGCGCAGGGUUCCCCCCCGGUUCUCCGUCCCCCCGGCAGACAGUGAGAUAAUACCAGGCGGUGGUAUCAACAUCACGUGUGUGGCGGUGGGCUCCCCCAUGCCUUACGUCAAAUGGAUGUUAGGAACCGAGGACCUCACCCCAGAGGACGACAUGCCUAUCGGACGGAACGUCUUAGAGCUGGGAGACAUACGCCAGUCUAACAACUACACCUGUGUGGCCAUGUCCACGCUGGGGGUGAUAGAGGCCAUGGCACAGAUCACGGUCAAAGCCCUGCCCAAGACCCCAGGUAAUCCAGUGGUAACAGAGAGAACUGCCACCAGUAUCACUCUGACCUGGGACUCAGGUAACCCUGAGCCUGUGUCCUACUACAUCAUACAGCACCGUCCUAAAGGUUCAGAAGACAUCUAUAAGGAGAUAGACAGUAUAACGACUACACGCUACAGUGUAGGUGGUCUCAGCCCGUACUCUCACUAUGACUUCCGGGUGGCGGCGGUCAACACCAUCGGUAGAGGUCCAGCCAGCGACUCUGUAGAGGCCAGAACAGCAGAACAGGCUCCGUCGUCACCACCACGACAGGUCAGAGGUCGUAUGCUGAGUACCACCACAGCAAUAAUCCACUGGGAUGGACCUGAGGAGGCUAACGGGCAGGUGGUGGGAUACAGAGUCUAUUAUACAGACGACAACACACUGCAAGUCAACCAGUGGGAGAAGCUGAUGGUCCGUGGUGUGAACUUCAUCACCAUCCAGAGUCUGACCCCUAAUAAGACCUAUUACAUCAGAGUCCUGGCCUUUACCUCUGUAGGAGACGGACCUCUCUCCCAGGACCUGCAGAUCAUAGCCAAGACUGGAGUUCCGUCCCAGCCGUCAGACUUCAAAGGAGAGGCCAAGUCAGAGACCAGUAUAUUGCUGUCAUGGGUAGCUCCUCCACAAAGUGGGCCUGAAAACCUGAUCACUGGAUAUGAACUGGUCUACAGGAGGUCUGGUGACAACGAAGAGAAGAAGCUGAAUUUUGACCCCGCCUCCUCCUACCUUAUAAAGAAUUUGAAGCCAUUCUCCUCCUACACCUUCCAGCUGGCAGCACGUAGCAAACACGGCAUCGGAGCGUAUACCAACGAGGUUACCACAGAUACACCACAGACAC